AUGACUCAUUACGAGUUCAUGUCUCUCCUUUCUCUCAUCAAGAUGACCGAAGAAGAUGGUGAUGUAGAUAGGAAGCGCAUAUCGUGGGAUUUGGUGCUGCGUGAUAGAGGCAAUUCAGGUGCUGCGAGCGAUGAACGAGCGAAAAUAGUGGAAUUGAACAAUGGCGAUUCGUUAACGAUCGAAUGUUCGGUUGACCAGAGUUAUUCACCUUCAAGCUUCAUCUUCUUGCAUAACGAACGCAACACUGCUCCUGAUGCAUCACAACUAAUCACCGAACCCAGCAGAAGAGUGCUAAAAAUACCGAAAUUUAACGAAAGAAAGCACAAAGGUGAGUAUUUGUGUGCAGCGUCGAGCUCACAUGGAAUGGUCGAGAGAACGCUCGUUGUGAAAAAGCGCAGCAUUAUCGACGAUAAGCACUAUGCGAUUAAAUGUAAAGAAAAUAAAUGUCGUAAUGGCGGCCAAUGCCUGGUGCCAUUAUCUGGCGACAGAACUUCAUUCUGUUUAUGUCCAGAUGAUUAUGCGGGAAAAGACUGUGAAAGUCAUGCAGUUUCAUCGUAUGCGAUACAAGGCACGAAAGCGACAUUUGGCUUGGGCGGUGUAUGGACAACAUUACUGAUCGUAUCGUGCAUUCUUUUGGCUAUUUUAUAUCGACGCGAAAAAAGGAAGAGACGUGAAGCAGAAGCUAAAUUUGACGAACUCUCGCCACUGUACAAAUCUGAAGAAGGCAACGAAAAGUUUCUUCCAGACAUGGAUCAAAUCGAUUCGAGCUUGAUGUUGGGUGCAUUACACAAAUACGCGUAUACACAAAAUGAACGCACCGAUCCUCCUCUCAUCGCUCCAUUCGACCUGCUGUUUCUAGCAAGAGUCGAAAGUGGCGUUGAACUUGACGUGACCUCGAGCACUGAUAAUAACGCAUCUAAACACAACGGUGAACCACGAAUAGACCAUCAGCCAACAAGAGCUCGUUUGAACGGAACAUCCGAUUCGUUAUGA